UUGGAUCGAUGUUGCGAACGGGGCUGAGGACGACUUCGACCCUCUUCGUCCCUGUCAGCCUCUAAACAUCAACACCCGAAGGGUCUCUGUUUCUGCUUGGGCUUAAGUCCGAGGCGGACAACCUCUCUUCCAACUCCACCAUGGUCGUCUUCCGCUUCGCUACCCAACUCUAACGGAGUUCGAACCACUUUCAACCUAACUUCCACCUGACCGGAAACUGAACCCUCAAGUCCUCACCGGCGCCGAAGGGAACCGGUUAAUUGUUUCCAUUGGAGGGGGAUUGCAACAUAACUCUGACAGUCAUCUAAACAGUCGUUUAAAUAUAAUUCUUAGAUAUCGAAAUGGAUCCUCAUGAAGAGUUGCCUCAAUACAUUCAUAUAACGCAGAAUGAAUUUUUGAAUAGACGGCACUGUGUAUAUGCUUGGUGCCUUUCUAAUUACUGGGUUGCCACUAAUGGUCUCCGUAAGCCAUUGACGACACUGAAGGAAACCCUGAUAAUAUAACAAAUACUGUUUUCCGUGGAUAUUAAGCCAGUUAUCUCUUUAGCCUCAGAAUAGAAGGUCUGAAGGAGGCGGUUUUUACUAGUUCCUCAGAGUUUUCUGAAGUUCAAACCUUUCCUGUCAGCUGUCUACACGUGAAGCAGAAAGAGGAGGAUAUGGCAAUAUGUGAAUGUAAAUAUAAUGCUAGUGACCCUGAUAGUGCAUGUGGGGAUGGGUGUCUUAACGUAUUGACCAGCUCUGAAUGCACCCCUGGCUAUUGCCCUUGUGGUGUCUUUUGCAAAAAUCAGAGAUUUCAAAAGUGUGAAUAUGCAAAGACAAAGUUGUUUAAAACUGAAGGCCGGGGAUGGGGUCUUUUGGCUGAUGAGAACAUUAAGGCUGGCCAAUUUAUCAUUGAAUACUGUGGAGAAGUAAUUUCAUGGAAAGAAGCCAAAAGAAGAUCCCAGGCUUAUGAAAUUCAAGGUCUCAAAGAUGCAUUUAUUAUUUGUCUUAAUGCCUCUGAAUCUAUUGAUGCAACUAGAAAGGGAAGCCUUGGUAGAUUUAUAAAUCAUUCAUGUCAGCCAAAUUGUGAGACAAGGAAAUGGAACGUCUUGGGUGAGAUAAGAGUUGGAAUAUUUGCAAAACAAGAUAUACCUGUUGGAGCUGAAUUGGCAUAUGAUUAUAAUUUUGAAUGGUUUGGUGGUGCAAAGGUUCGUUGCCUCUGUGGUGCAGCCAAAUGUUCUGGAUUCCUUGGAGCAAAAUCUCGUGGUUUUCAGGAGGAUACAUAUUUGUGGGAAGAUGAUGAUGAAAGGUAUACUGUUGAGAAAAUUCCAGUAUAUGACUCUGCAGAGGAUGAGCCUCCCUUAAAGGUCCUUAGAAACUUAAAUCCUGACGUUCCUGGGAUGCAAGUUAAUGGAAAGACUGAACACUCCAUGGACGUUAUUAUAAAAGCCGAACAAUUAUCAGGGUCAACUGCUUUUGGCAUUCAGCCGCAUGGAUCAGUUUCAACAAUGGGUUUACAUGUCAAUUCGAUAAAAUCUGAAAUAGAAAAUGAUGAUAUGAAAUUGUACUCUAGAGAUACUCAGCAGGCCUUUCCACAAAACAAUGCAAUGAUAUCACGAAUCAGAAGUAAUACUGCAGGCCGAAACUAUCACAUUGGACCUAGGUCCAUGUCUGCCAAAAGAUCAAAGAAAUAUAACGGAAGGUUUAAAAAUAUCACACAGAAGCAAGUCGAUGUGAAGUCUGCUGCUGAAUCUUUAGCAUCUAAAGAAGCACAAGAGGAGAUUUUAAAAUACGAGGAAAUGAAGAAUGAGGCAACUGGUGCUCUUGAUACCUUAUACAAUGAAAUACGACCAGCCAUCGAAGAACAUGAGAGGGAUAGUCAAGACAGUGUAUCCACUAGUGUAGCAGAGAAGUGGAUUGAAGCUUGCUGUUUGAAAAUGAAGGCAGAGUUUGACCUUUACUCUUCCAUUGUCAAGAAUUUUGCUUGCGCUCCCGCCCAAGCCUCGUGGCCUUCCAAAACCUUCUCAAGUUGAUAAUGGAAACGAAAACGAGCUCUUGACGAAUUGAUAUUCUUCUGUUCCAUCUUAUUCAUUUAUAAUUCGUAGCCCAUGAUUUGGCAAAUUGGAUGGAGGUACUUCGAGGAAAUUCCUUCUCCCCAUUUUGUAUGUUACAUUCAUAACAGAUCCAAUUUUCUGCAGUAAAAAUCCAUUCAAUAGUAA